AAUCGCUCGAAAUCUUAAAUAUUUGUUUUUAAAUUUUAUAUAUAUCUUGUGCACGUUUGAGGCCAAUAGUGAUAAAUUGUUCUGCUGCGGUUCACUAUCUUGUGAAUUAAUCAAAAGUGGAGUUAGACGUAUCAGAUAAUGAAGUUAAUUGUGUCUUGUAUAGUUUUAAUCAUUGUCUUCAUAUAUGCUGAAGGCAAUUUUCAUACAGGAAAGUUAGAACAAAGGGAAUCUCUUUAUCAACUAUUCUCUACUGCCACUGCCUACGAUGCAGUACGAGGCAAAAUCAAGAAAAUUGAUGAUUGUAAACCAAAAACAAUGUGGGCAUUCUUCAGACAUGGAACUCGUUACCCACAUGUCAGGGAAAUGGUUAGAUAUAGAAAGCUGGAAGAUCUAAGAGAUAGGAUCAUCUCAAAUCACGCCAGUGGAAAUGGAAGACUCAAUCAAUUUCAACUUUAUUUACUUCAUGAUUGGAGUUUCAAUAUAACUGAUGACCAAAAUAUGCACCUUACCUUAUCUGGUUAUAAAGAACUUUAUGAUUUGGGAAAAAGAUUGAAAAAGAGAUUUUCACACAUUUUUGACAAGAAGCAUUUGGAGUCUAUCAAUGUGAAACGAACAUCUGCUGAAAGAACUGAUGAAAGUGAAGAAGCUCUACUUCAAGGCUUGUUUGGGUCUUAUUCAUCAUAUCUUAAUGAUAAUAUAGAUGACAAUCUUCUAAAGAAUACUAAACAAUGUCCAUUUUGGAAAACAACAACUGAAAGUCCAACUUUAAAGAAGCAUAUCAAAGAUUUUGAAAAUUCAUCUGAGGCUGCAAUUUUAUUGCACAAUGUCAAUAACAGAUUAGGCUUUACUGAUGAACUUACCUUUGAAACGGUCAAGGAUAUGUAUGAUAUUUGUGCAUUUGAAAACUCUUGGUAUCAUGGGGAAUAUUCAACUUGGUGUGGAGUCUUUUCUACCAAAGAACUACAGUUAAUGGAAUAUUUGGAAGAUUUGACAUAUUAUUGGAAAUCUGGAUAUGGAAAUAAGUAUACAUCCAAACUAGGAUGUCAGUUAGUUCAAGAUAUGAUUGAGAAACUGAAUCUCUCUGAAUAUCUUCCUAAGGCCAAUACUUACUUUGCUCAUUCAUCAGGAAUAAGAGAAUUAUUAGUCUCAUUAGGUAUUGGGAGAUGCCAGGAAGAUUUGCCUGGGAACAGAUAUGUCAGUCCAUCAGAAAGAGAUAAUUGUUGGAGAACAUCAUACCUCACACCUUUUUCAGCAAACAUAAUUUCAGUUCUUUAUAGCUGCAAGACUAAAACAGGAAAACAACCUAAAGUUGGUGUAUAUGUCAAUGAAAAACUUGUUGAAAUUCCACAUUGUAAUGGAGAAGAGUUGUGUGACCUUGAGACAUUCAAAGCUGGCUAUAGUUCAUUAGUGGACCAGUCAUAUUGCAACAGAGAAUUUUGUUUUACUGGCUCUACUACAGGUUCUACUUCCUCAGCUAACAAUGACAAUGAUGACUAGCUUGAAGACAUGUUUAUUUUUUAUAUUUGUCAAUAAUUAAAUUUUAAAAUGAUAUUCUUGCAUAUAGAUGAAAAAAGUGAUGUCAUAUAUUGCCGGUUUAUCGUCAACAGUCACUAAGAACAUUUUUGAUGGAACUGAGCUUUUAAGAAUGCUUUUAUGAAUUUCAACCUUAUUUAUGAAUAAACAAACACAGUAAGUGCUCUAAAAUGACAUGAACCCCUUUAAGUAUUAAAAACACUUGCAACAAGCACACAAUUUUCUAAUUUCAUAAAUGAAAAAUACAUCAAAGUUUUUUGUGACUUAACGUUAUGGAAACUGACUUAUUGAAUUUUUGUAAUCAACCAACAAUAUUUUUCUCCAAAAGAUCAAGAUUACCACUUUCAUGGAGAACAUUGCACUGAAACCUAGUAUUUCGAAAUCAUUCAGAAUUAUUGUAAAUCUAAUUUCAAUAAGUACGAUACAUAUGUAAGUAAUGAUAAUUGUGAAAUUUUAAUUAAUAAAAUAUUAUAAAUU